GGGGAGAAAUUUCAACACUCAACAGAAUUAUGCCGCCAAACUAUCUUUGAGCGGAGAAGAAGAGUUUCUCGUCCAAUCAGACCCCGAUUGUUGAUCAACCCGGAACUCACCAACGCGUUCUUUUCAAAACUCUGGAAUAAAACGAAAUAAGGAUGUCCUGUUACAGCAUUGUGACUCGUGUUGAUGCAUCAUCUGCGGGCCAGGCUCCUCGAGAACCACUGCACCUGAUCCCCUGUGAGAUUGAACACAACGGGGCUGCACAGAUCUCGCAGUACUUCAACGCUGCCAUGAAGGACCACAAACAUGAGAAGACUGCUUCAUUCCGGGGUCGUGGCCUAAAAGGGCAGGAAAUCAUCUGUCCACAAGGCUACACUGGACUGGUGCUCAAGGAGAUCAAUAAGCCCGGUUCGGAUCAGGAGGACAGGACCCUGAAGGUGACUUCCGUGUUUGACAAGCUGACCUACUGGAACCUCGAGACGCCUCCUAACUCAGACGAUGCGGUGGUUAUGGCGAUGGACUGGCCUGAGCUUGCUGAAGUGAUUCAUGGAGCAGUGGAAGACUGAAGAAAGUCUUGCUUUUAGGAGAAAGAAUAAAUAAUAAUAAAUAUGCAUACAGUAUUUAGAAUAAAAUGUUUGCUGGUUACCAGACAUAGUCCCAAUAAGAAAUGGUUGUUAAAGAGCACUAACUAAAUGUAUGGUUUGUACAUAUUUUGUGACUAAUUUAGUAUUGAAAUAAAAUAAUAAAACCAAACUACUUCA